UCUGGCGGCCUGGGUGUCUCCCCGCCUGCCGCCCAAUGACUGCUGGGAUAGGCUUCAGCAUCCCCGCGACCCUGAGUGGCUGGAGGAGGUGUCCAGGAGAGAACAGCUGGAGUCCAUGGUGGAAAACCUGCAGCAGGGUGCUCAGGAGUCUGCAGAAGUCCAGGACGAGCUGAAAGACAAGGUGGAGAGACUGAAGGCGGAGCUGGUGGUGUUUAAGAGCCUGAUGAGUGAUCAAAUGUCUGACUUGGACUCAAAGAUCCAGGAAAAAGCCAUGAAGGUGGACAUGGACAUCUGCCGGCGGAUCGACAUCACGGCCAAGUUGUGCGACGUCGCCCAGCAGAGGAACUCGGAGGACAUGUCGAAGAUGUUCAACGUCAGUCCUGCCAGGUCACUCCCAGAUAGGGGUGCCAUGGCUUGCUGUAGGAAGAAAGAGCGUAAGGUGGUGUCUGAUGAGGACAGUUCAGAGAUGGAUGCGGACCCCAGCACCUCGGAGGAAGAGGUCCCCGGGUCCCUCAACAUCACGGAUGAAAUGAAACGCGUGCUCAACCAGCUGCGGGAAACAUUUGAGAUCGAUGACGACUGCGACAGUCUGACCUGGGAGGAGAACGAGGAGACGCUGCUGCUGUGGGAGGAUUUCACCAACUACAACGUGCCCUACGCUGUCACCACGACGACCUGCGUGCCCACCUGUCCCACCGACAACAAUGGAGAGGGGGCGGAGCCAGACUCUCAGGAUCGAAGCCUUGGCAGCCUCAUAGAUGAGACGGAGUCGCUUUUUAAGACCAGAGAGCAAGAGUACCAGGAAACAAUCGAUCAGAUCGAGAUGGAGCUGGCCACAGCAAAGAGCGACAUGAACCGACAUCUGCACGAGUACAUGGAGAUGUGCAGCAUGAAGAGGGGCCUGGACGUACAGAUGGAGACCUGCCGGAGGAUGAUAAAAGGUGGUAGGAACUCUCCCUCCAUUAGUUCUGUGGCUAGCAGCGACUCAGGGAACACCGACGAGAUCCAGGACGAGAUCUCGGACAAGGACACCGAGGCAGACGGAUCCGCCAGUUGAUGGGCGGUCCAGCCCCGGUCCACCCCGUCUCUUUCUGGACUUUUCUUCGUUGACAAAUGGAAACAAAUGAAAAAAAAAAAAAAAGAUGCUCACAGAGGUCUGCCCUGCUUGGGUGGAGGUGGUGGGCCUGACUCGCCGACAGGGUCACUUUGUGCUCGGGCAGACCGGAGGUCGCGGCUGCUGAGGCCAAUCACAUCUGGUGCUUCUACCGUGUCUCCGUUGUUGUGGCAGGAAAGAGACGGGUGCAUCGUGUCGUGUCCAAGCUGUGCUCUCUUCCUCAAAGUUGGCCAUUUUCUAACAGUUAAGCUGGGCGGAGACAUGGUUUCUUUCUUUCUUUUAUUAACUGUUGGUUCAUAGACGCCCUCGACUUACUUCAGGAGUGGGAACAUAAACAUUAUUCAUUUUGGUGUCCUUCUGAGUUUUUUGUCUUUUUUUUUACAUUAUUUGAGACCACAAAAACUUCAGGGCCCCACCCCCCCAAAUGAAAAAUGAAUCACAUACUGAAGGUUUUCAGAGCGUUAUUUGUUACACACAGAUUAUUGAAGUGUUUUCUGCCAAAGACACCGACUAGUGGAAGCGAGUGUCCGGUUCGAGUGGUGAGGGGAAUCUGCAGGGUCUGACGGAGGAAAGGAGCACAGCCUUUUUGCUGCAUCAAUGCACUAUUCAACUUCUAUGCAACUUAGCUGGCCUUAUUUUUUGACUGGCUUCUCCCCCUCUCAUUUCUCUACAACCCCAUACUCUUCGCCUUUUAAGCAGAGCAGGUGUUUUCUAUCUGCCGUUUUGAAAGUUAUUUUUGUGUGUGCGUUUGAGUAUAAAAUGAUACGAGUUCCUUUUCCUGUUAUGGCGAUGGUAACGGCUGGAACAGUGCCCCAUCAGGGUCAAGCUCGGGGAGCGGAGGCCACCGCCCCCCGGAGAGACAUGCCAACACCAGUAAGAAUGUAGUACAAUCAAUGCAAACUGAUGAUAAACUGAUUUAUUUGACUUACACUGCCUUAUGUUGAUUGUCCGCUGGCUAAACUCUGAGCUCCAAGCCGGUCGUCGUUCUCUGGUAUUCAACCCCACCGCAUCAGUUUGCCGACAUCUUAAAAGGAGAGCUGGUACGUUACACUGUCAGAGGAAUGCAAUUCAUUCCUAGUUUCAGAUCCUUAACCAAAUCCACGUUUUCAGACCUCUUAAGAGGAAACCAAAGGAAUCAUUUUUUCAGUAGCUUUCCUUUCCUUCAGUCUUCAGAAGACCAAAAAGUGUACAUUUACCAGGAUGUUACAGCCGCUGUUAUUUAAGGCCUGGAUGGCGUCUGGUCUAAGGGCGCUCACGUAGUCUAUAAGUACAGGGCGCACACACUGUGCAGACGGACCACACCUUCUCAUAGUCUUUUCAUAGUCCGGUCGUACCAACACAUACCAAAGGCCUACAUUUCCCGCAAUCUUGGUGCGUCGUUUUCCUUUCCCGCCAGAAGUGACAGACUGUAAACCACAUGGCGCUGCCCCGGACGAGGAAGAAGAGCUGCUCUGUUGCCAGGCCGUGUUGGUGUCGGAAAGAAAAACCUGGCGGAGGUGGCAUGUUCGACCAGUUAACAAAGGGAGGGAUAGAGAGGGGGAGGUCAGCAUGUUGGCGAGGGAUAUGAGAAGUAUGGGUGAGGAAAAACAUCGUCUCCAUACUGUAUGAACGUUGUAAAGCCGCGAAGAAGAAACUAAAGAGGUUUUGCGGUGCCACGCGAAAUGCAUGCCGAUGUGAAACAGUUUCAUGCCGAGCUGUGUUUUGUGCGACAUCGGUACGUGGACGCUCGGGACGCGCGGUCACAGAAAUUGAGCUUCGCGCGGACACGGGCAGGCGGAUGUAUGCGGAGGUCCACUAUUGCGUCAUUUUACCCCCAGCGGAGUACAAUCCGUGUUUGGUACGUCAAGACUAUGAACUGGCCUUUUAACUGGGACUUCCUCUGGCCAACUCAUCUUAAUGCUAACUCGGCUUGCUUGGCCUGUCGACGUCAGAUGGUUAACUUCCUGUCCUACAGGGGGCACUGUUCCAUGUCCAUUACUCGUCCUGCUUUGUCUGCUCUCAAACGGGGGCUAGAACUGUAUGAUUGUACAUAGAGGGCUGUCGGCAUGUGAUCGUAUACCCCAGAGGCCUUUCUGUUCAUAUGGCUCUUUAUGCAACAGAUUGUGUUGUCUCAUGUUUCACUGGUUAUUGCUUCAUUGGGUCAGUGCAGGAGCUGCCCAGUGCAUGGGGAUGGAGGCGCUCUCUCUGGCCAUGUAUUUUAUAUUUGUAUUAUAAUUACCACGUGUUUCGUUGGAUCACAGACAAGUGCUUCCUCUGUCUCGGGAGUUUUAAAGAUGCAGAAUGUCAAGUCACACAUCUCUGUCAUUUCAGCAUGUUCCGCAGAAGACAAGAAACGCGUCCAUUGGAUUUCUAUAACUCGCUCUAUUUUGAACAAAACAGCUGCAAUGCAGACAAAUGCGCUGCUUUUUUAUUCUAAAGAAAGUGUCUCUUCUAAUCAACUAUUAACUAUAUUUAAAUGUGUCAGAAAAAUACUUAUUUUUCACUGUUUUUUUAAAUUACUCUAAUCCAGAAAAGACAUCUUCUCAUAUUGUGACAGGAGUAGCACCCUUGUUCCUGAUGUUUUAGUUACUGGAAAACCACAUCACAUCACCGCAAAAGGACAAGAAAAACCACCACUUUCCUUAUUUUCCACCACAGUGUUUAGAGUCACGGCGACCUGAGCGCUGAUGUGAAACCAGCCCGGCAAGUAGCAAAGAGCCAUGCUUAUCCUGCUACUGUUCUUUAUGUUCUUCCUUAUGUUCUACACUAAACAAGCUCACAGCUGACUGUACGGCGGGGACCAGGAGGCUAAAUGAGACGAUACGGCAUCUUUCACGUCGUACCUUGUCCGACAUCAUAACACGCGCCAUCCUGAACCACCAUCUGAACCACACACUAACCAGCCAACCAAAGCAAAUGUGUAAAGUUACUUGACGAAGAUGAGUGUAUAUCUAUGUGAAAAAGAUGUAUAAUCUCGAGCUGUGAUUUCUAAUAUUUCUGAGGAGUUUUACAGUCUUAAAUUACAGUGUUUGUACAGACAUACUAUACAUGUAUUAGGUUGCAAAGGCUUGUCCCCCCCCCAAACCAAUGAUUCAGGCAAAAUUCAGGGCAUAAUGUAUUGUCUCUACUUCCCACUCUGAAUCUGAUGAGAUUCAAGUGACACGACUGUCUAAACCCUCCUUGUUAAUGUGUGUGUUGACUGGAGGUGUCCUCUUACGAUUUUACAGGAAGAACCAGUGCUAAAAAUGUAGGUGUGUUAUUAAAGGUGCAAUGUGUAAGC